AUUUAGCUCCUUUUUGUGGCAUGAAGCUGAACAUCUCUUUCCCAGCCACUGGCUGCCAGAAACUCAUUGAAAUGGACGAUGAGCGCAAGCUUCGCACCUUCUAUGAGAAGCGUAUGGCGACAGAAGUUGCUGCUGAUGCUCUGGGUGGAGAAUGGAAGGACUAUGUGGUCCGGAUCAGUGGUGGGGAUGACAAACAGGGUUUCCCCAUGAAGCAGGGUGUCCUGACCCAUGGUCGUGUCCGCCUGCUGCUGAGUAAGGGGCAUUCCUGUUACAGACCAAGGAGGACUGGUGAAAGAAAGCGCAAGUCUGUUCAAGGUUGCAUUCUGGAUGCCAGUUUGAGCAUUCUCAACUUGUUCAUUGUAAAAAAAUCGGGGAAGAAGAUAUUCCUAGACUCACUGGUACUACCUUGCCUCAUCGCCUAGGGCCC